AUGGGUCGCCUGGUGAGCGUCGGCAUCUCCUCCGUCUCGGCGGCGCCCGUGUUCGAGGAGCGCUUUCUCAAGGACCGUCCCGAAGACGCGUCUACGCCGCUGUGGAUCCUGGGAGUCGCGUCGAUAGCCUUGACCCUCGUCGGCGGUGUGUUUGCUGGUCUGACCAUCGCAUUGAUGGGUCAGGACAGCAUCUACCUCCAGGUCGUCCAGAAUGAUCCUACCGAACCGCAACACAAGAACGCCAGGAGAGUUCUCGACCUCCUCAACAAGGGCAAGCACUGGGUCCUGGUCACACUGCUCCUCUCCAAUGUCAUCGUCAAUGAGUCGCUGCCCGUGGUCCUGGACCGUACGCUCGGUGGAGGUAUCGCCGCCGUUGUUGGCAGCACUGUUCUGAUCGGCGAAACCACAGUCAUCUUUGGCGAGAUUGUCCCCCAGUCCAUAUGCGUUCGAUACGGCCUCCCCAUCGGCGGAUAUAUGUCGAAGCCGGUCCUGCUUCUCAUGUACCUGAUGGGCCCGAUCGCCUGGCCCACGGCCAAGCUGCUGGACUGGAUCCUGGGCGAGGAUCACGGCACCGUGUACAAGAAGAGCGGCCUCAAGACGCUAGUGACGCUGCACAAGUCGCUGGGUGAGAUUUCAGAGCGCCUGAACCAGGACGAGGUGACCAUCAUCACGGCGGUGCUGGAUCUCAAAGACAAGCCCGUGCGCGAGGUCAUGACGCCCAUCGAGGACGUCUUCACCCUGUCCGAGGACCAUAUUCUCGACGAGAAGACCAUGGACAAGAUUCUGUCGUCGGGCUACUCGAGGAUCCCCGUAUUCCGCGCCGGCAACCCCGAGGACUUUGUUGGUAUCCUGCUCGUCAAGACGCUCAUCACCUACGACCCGGAGGAUAAGAUUCCCGUCCGCGACGUCCAGCUUGGUGCCGUCGUCGAGACCAGGCCCGAGACCAGCUGCCUCGACAUCAUCAACUUCUUCCAGGAGGGCAAGUCGCAUCUGGUCAUGGUGUCAGAGUACCCUGGUGGUGACCACGGAGUUUCUGGUGUUGUCACUCUCGAGGAUGUUAUCGAAGAGCUCAUCGGAGAGGAAAUCGUCGACGAGUCCGACGUCUACGUCGACGUCCACAAGGCCAUCCGCCGCCUCACGCCAGCCCCACGCGCCCGCAAGAUUGAGGCCGCUGCCGCCGCCGCCGCCAAGAAGGCCGCCGAGCACCCCGUCCUGGUCGACCUGUCCAAGGAUGUGGACGAUCGGACGGUGCAGUUGGCCUCUCACAGCCUCCUCGCCGAGAACGGCAAGGAGCCUCCCCGCACGGCACUGCUCAUGAAGCGCCAGAAUUCGCUGGACCCCAACGGCGUCAUGGUCAACGGCGAGCCCGAGCCGCUCCGCGAGUCUCUCUACGACCUCAGGCAACAGGUCCGUCUCGGGCCCGCCAACAGCGCCGCCAACCCUCUGUCUACGAGGCAGCAGGCCUUCAAGACGAAGCCUGGACUGGCUGGCAGCGGCGCCGGACCGUCCGGGUUGCAUCUUCACGGCACCAGCGAGCUCGACAGGUCCGUAUCCGUGUCCGGUAACGACGAGGGCCACAGGGACUCGGGUGAGGGCGAGACGGUCCCGCUACUAGGCAAUGAGCAGCAGCCUUCGAAUAAGGUCAAUGGUCAGCAUAGUUAG